AUGUCCCGCUGGGCCUUGGGCGCCCUGCUCCUGCUGGCCUGCCUGGCCCGCCGCUCAGAUUCGCUGGCUGUGAUGUCAGUGGACCUGGGCAGCGAGUCCAUGAAGAUCGCCAUUGUCAAGCCAGGGGUUCCAAUGGAAAUUGUUUUAAACAAAGAAUCUCGGAGGAAAACACCGGUGGCCGUGUCCCUAAAGGAGAACGAGCGCCUCUUUGGUGAUAGUGCUGUGGGAAUGUCCAUCAAGACUCCCAAAGCGGCUUUCCGGUAUUUCCAGGAUCUCCUGGGCAAGCACAUAGAUAACCCCCAGGUGGCACUGUACCAGUCGCGGUUUCCAGAGCAUGAGUUGGUGAAGGAUUCCCGGAGGGCCACGGUCUCCUUCAGGCUGUCAGACAAAAUCCAGUAUUCUCCGGAAGAGGUCCUGGGCAUGGUCCUGAACUACUCUCGCUCCCUGGCAGAGGAGUUUGCAGAACAGCCCCUCAAGGAUGCAGUCAUCACAGUCCCUGCUUACUUCAACCAGGCAGAGAGGAGGGCCAUCCUGCAUGCAGCAAAGAUGGCAGAUCUUAAGGUUCUGCAGCUCAUCAACGACAACACGGCCGUGGCUUUGAACUACGGCGUAUUUCGAAGGAAGGACAUCAAUGCUACGGCCCAGAACAUCAUGUUCUACGAUAUGGGCGCUGGCAGCACCGUGUGCACCAUUGUGACCUACCAAACCGUGAAGACCAAGGAUUCGGGGACGCAGCCUCAGCUGCAGAUCCUGGGUGUUGGAUUUGAUCGCACACUCGGCGGGCUGGAAAUGGAGCUGCGCCUUCGUGACCACCUGGCCACGCAGUUCAACAAACAGCACCCUUCCAAGGACGUCCGACAAAACCUCCGGGCCAUGGCUAAGCUGUUGAAGGAAGCCAAUCGCCUGAAGACUGUGCUGAGUGCCAACGCUGACCACAUGGCCCAGAUUGAGGGCCUGCUGGAUGACAUUGACUUCAAGGCCAAGGUUUCCCGGCAGGAGUUUGAGGACCUGUGUUCUGAUAUGUUCCAGCGGGUUGCAGGGCCUGUGCAUCAGGCGCUCCACAGUGCCGGGAUGAGUCUGAAUGAAAUUGACCAAGUGAUCCUAGUUGGAGGUGCCACUCGAGUGCCGAAGGUUCAAGAAAUUCUACUAAAAGUUGUGGGCAAGGAUGAGCUAGGGAAGAACAUCAAUGCCGACGAAGCAGCUGCAAUGGGGGCGGUCUACCAAGCGGCCGCGCUGAGCAAGGCCUUCAAAGUGAAGCCGUUCCUCAUCCGGGACGCUGCUAUUUUCCCCAUCCAGGUUGAGUUCACCCGAGAGGUAGAAGAGGAGGAUAAAUCCAAGAGCCUGAAACACAACCGGAGGAUUCUGUUCCAGCGCACGGCUCCCUAUCCUCAGCGCAAGGUCAUCACCUUCAAUCGCUACACGGAUGACUUUGAGUUCCAUGUCAACUAUGCAGACAUGGGCUUCCUGAGCGAAAGCGACCUGCGGAUGUUUGGGUCCUUGAAUCUCACCACAGUGAGGCUGCGAGGCGUGGGUGAGAGCUUCAGGAAGCACACGGACUACGAGUCCAAAGGCAUUAAGGCACACUUCAACAUGGACGAGAGCGGCGUGCUGAGCCUCGACCGCGUGGAAUCCGUGUUUGAGACGGUGGUGGAGGACAAGCCGGAGGAGGAGUCCACGCUCACAAAGCUUGGGAACACCAUCUCUAGCCUCUUUGGAGGAGGCAGUGCUGUGCCAGAAGCCCCUGAAAACCAGACGGAGACUGUUCAGGAGGAGGAGGAGAGCCAAGCAGAGUCAGGAAAGGAGGACCAGAAGGACGAUGCUGGGGCUGCUGGUGAAGAGGUCAAGCAGCAGGCGCCGACACCAUCUCCAGCUCAGGAGAAAGCGGCUACAGAUGCUUCUGCUGGAGAGGAUCAAGAAGAGGAUGCAGGCGGGAAGUCCGACUCCCAGGAAGCCAAGGAGAAGGCCGGAUCUGGGAAGGCAGAGGAGCCUGCCAAGAGUCCUGGGGGUGACGGCGCCAAAGCACAGGAGGAAGAAGAAGAAGAGAAAAAGCUGAAGCCUCCGAAGAAACAGAAGCUAGUGGAAGAGAUCACGGUGGAACUAGAUGUGAAUGACAUACCUGAACUUCUGCCAGAAGAACUGCAGGACUCCAUCAGCAAGUUGCAAGACCUGACUGCGAGAGACCUUGAGAAGCAGGAGCGGGAGAGGUCAGCCAACAGCCUGGAGGCCUUCAUCUUUGAGACCCAGGACAAACUCUACCAGGAGGAGUACCAGGUGGUUUCGUCCGACAAAGAGAGAGAAGGAAUUCUCCAGAAGCUCAGCGAAGCCUCCAGCUGGAUGGAAGAAGAAGGCUUUGCAGCCACCACAAAGGAACUGAAGGAGAGGCUCCUGGAGCUGAAGAAGUUGUGCCGGGGCCUUUUCUUCCGAGUGGAGGAGAGGCGGAAGUGGCCGGAGCGCCUGGGCGCCCUGGAGAGUUUGCUCAAUCACUCCACCAUCUUCCUCAAAGGAGCCAGAAUGAUUCCGGAGGCUGAUCAGAUAUUCACAGAGGUGGAGCUGAGUACCCUGGAAAUGGCUAUAAAUGUGACAGCGCUGUGGAAGAACGAGACUCUGGCAGAGCAGAGCAAGCUGUCUCCCACGGAGAAGCCCGUCUUGCUCUCCAAAGACAUUGAGCUGAAGAUCGCUGCUCUGGACAGGGAAGUGCAAUACCUCCUCAACAAGGCCAAGUUUCCCAAGCCCAAGCCCAAGAAGAGGGACAAUGCUACAAAAACGGAAGCGGGCAAGAACGCCACUGUGCCUCCCGAGGACGAGAAAGUCAUUCCUCCAAAGGAGAACCAAGAGAAACCAGUUGAUGCCAGCCCAGCCAAAGAGCCCCCCACACCAGAGAGCUCCAUAUUAGAUGAUGAAUCAAGACCAGACGCAGCUUUUGCCUCCUCUUGGAGCCGGACCUCCUCCUCCCUUCAGCCAGUGAGGCCAGGACAGGAGGAGCUGGUCUGCGUGUGGCCCAAGAGAGGCCGGGUGGGGCUUCCGCUUCCAGAAGCACAGGCAAGAGGCAUCUCCCUCGAGCCCGGCCGGGGUUUUCUUUCUCCGCUCCUCCUCAACCGGUCAAGGAGCCCCCCGGCCGGCCGCUGCGGCCCCCUCGCUUGUAGGAUGGGCUGGGCGGGGGAGCGGGCAAAGGAGGGGCUCUCCUGCCCCCCCCCCCCGCUGGCCCCUCCCUCCCGCUCUGGGCGGCGCCAAGGCGGGCCUCGCGUCUUUCCCGCCGCGCGCGGGCUCAGCGGGUCGGGGGGGCCUUGGGAGCAGCGGGGGGGGGAGGGGGUCUUGCGAAGCACGCGGCCCAACCCGCCCGCUGCAGCCGGGACUCGGUGCGCGGCUGCCCGGGCCCAGGCGCCGCGUGCGUGCGCGGGAGGGGGGCUCCGCUGGCCCCGGCAGGCAGGCAGGCAGGGCGGGCCGUUCCGCCGGCUGCUCCCCCCGGGCCUCUGGGGCCCCUGCAGCGGACGUGUGGCGGGGAAGGGGGCGCUGACCUCCUGGCGGCCCCGAGGCGCGCUCGCUCUUUUUCAAGCCGGCCGCGGCCCCGACCCCAGGCCUCGUCGAGCCGCCGCCGCCGCCGCCUUCUUGCCGCCCGCCCUCCGCCUGGCCUGGCCCGGCCCCCUGGCUCGGGACGGGUGUCCGUGGGGGGGGGGCGCCCGCGCAGGGGUUGCGGCCGGCCGCCCAGGCCCAGGGGAGCAGGGGUUGGUGUCCCCGCCCGCUGCCGCUGCCGGGGCUCAGGGGUCAGGGUGCAGCGGGAGUGAGGAAAUCCUUCCACGCGGGGGGGAGGGGGGUGGGCGGGAGACUGAUACCAAACAGCCUGUCCGGUUAAUCAUUCCCCAGGAGGAGGAGGAGGAGGAGGCCCGAGCAAGACAGGCCGCCUGCAAAGCCCCCCCCCCCCCGGGCUCAGCAGAACCCCAGGCAGGCGGGUGA